AUGACUUCCGUGUGCAAGUCCGACCUCUCCGGCCUGCCCACCUUCAACGUCGCUGGCGGUCGCCCUGACGAGCGCUUUGGUACUAGGGGGUCCUUCACCCGCGGCGUGCGCAUCAUGUCCGGUGGCCAUACUCGCGACGUACCGCGUGAGGCCGAGGUCGAUCACGGCAAGGUGCUCUUCGUGUCCGCCGUACACAAGCCGGACCUCUCCGCCGAGGCCCGCACCAACGCCGUCCGCCCCACGGAGCGCCUCGGAACCCGAGGCCGCUUCACGCCGGGAGGACGUCGCUGGGUCGGUGGCAAGCCUCGCGACGUACCGCUCGAGGCCGAGGUUGAUCACGGCAAGGUGCUCUUCGUGUCCGCCGUGCACAAGCCGGACCUCUCCGCCGAGGCCCGUACCAACGCCAUCCGCCCUAAAGAGCGCCUCGGCUCCCGGGGCCGUUUCACCGCGGGCGUCCGUGGCUGGGUCGGUGGGAAGCCUCGCGACGUGCCGCUCCCGCGCCUGCGCGACCCGGGUACCGUUCUCUUCGAGUCCGCCUCGGAGCGCAGCAGGCCCUCCAUGUCCUUCUCCGGCGAGACCAACGUAUCGGGCGGCAGGGAGGACGAGCGUCACGGGAGGCUCGGGUCGUUCGAGCACGGGGUCGUCGAGGCUCGGGGAGGGCCGCUGCAGGUUCAGGCGGCGUUCGCGAGCGAGGUAGAACUGCUUUGGCACGAGGGCGGGCAGAAGGAGAACAAGUACCGCCGCUGUGGGCCCAGCCACUUCGUCGCCGGCGUGUCUAUCCUAUCCGGCGGCAUGCCGGUCUACUGA